AUGGAUUAUCUGCGGCUGGUGCUCUCCUGCCUCGUCCCCCUGCACGGCUGCCUGGCCGCCGGCAGCGCCCCAGAGCUGCUCCUGUCCGGCAAACUCAGCGAGUAUGGAGUGAUCGUCCCGUUCAGCACCGACUGCCGGGGUCGCUUCCUGUCGCACGUGGUGUCCGGCGAGGCGGUGGCGGGGCUGGGGCAGCCCCGCUGUCCCCCGGCCCCGGGCCCGGGCCGCCGCCGCGUCCCCCGCAGCCCCCCGGAGGAGUCCCGGCAGCGCCGCUUGCUCUACUUCAACGUCACGGUUUUUGGGAAGGAGCUGCACCUCCGGCUGAGGCCCAACCACCGGCUGCUGCCGCCGGGAGCCGUGGCAGAGUGGCAGGAGGAUUUUGAGGUGCUUUUCCGGGAACCCCUCCAGCAGCGGUGCCUUUUCACCGGUGACAUCUCCGGGAUGCCCGGAGCCGCCGUGGCCAUCAGCAACUGCGAUGGGCUGGCUGGCCUGAUUCGGACAGACAGCAAUGAGUUUUUCAUCGAGCCCCUGGAGAGGGGCCAGCAGGACACGGAGGAGCACGGGAGGGCCCACGUGGUCUAUCGGCGCUCGGCCAUCCGGCAGGACGGCGCCGAGCCACGCCACGACCUCCAUCCCGAAGUGCCCGGUGUGCAGGUGGGCGAGCUCCCGAAUUCCCUGGAGCUGAUGACGGAGCGGCUGGGGGACGCGGAGCGCAAGCGGCGCCACGCCAGGAAGGAUGACUACAACAUCGAGGUGCUGCUGGCCGUGGAUGACUCAGUCGUGCGAUUCCAUGGCAAGGAGCACGUCCAGAACUAUGUCCUCACCCUCAUGAACAUAGUGGAUGAAAUUUACCACGACGAGUCCCUGGGCGUUCACAUCAACAUCGUGCUGGUCAGGAUGAUCAUGGUGGGAUAUCGCCAGUCAGUCAGCCUGAUCGAGCGGGGGAACCCGUCGCGGAGCUUGGAGCAGGUGUGCCGCUGGGCGCACUCGCAGCAGCGCUCCGACCCGGAGCACGCCGAGUACCACGACCACGCCGUCUUCCUCACCAGGCAAGAUUUUGGGCCUGCAGGUAUGCAAGGCUACGCUCCGGUGACGGGGAUGUGCCACCCUCUCCGCAGCUGCACCCUCAACCACGAGGACGGCUUCUCCUCGGCCUUCGUCGUCGCCCACGAGACCGGACACGUGUUGGGCAUGGAGCACGACGGCCAGGGCAACCGCUGCGCCGAUGAGACCAGCAUGGGGAGCAUCAUGGCGCCGCUGGUGCAGGCCGCCUUCCACCGCUACCACUGGUCCCGCUGCAGCAAACAGGAGCUCAACCGCUACAUCCACUCCUACGACUGCCUCCUGGAUGACCCCUUUGAGCACCAGUGGCCCACCUUACCCGAGCUGCCGGGAAUUAAUUAUUCCAUGGACGAGCAGUGCCGCUUCGACUUCGGCGUGGGCUACAAGACGUGCACGGCGUUCCGCACCUUCGACCCCUGCAAGCAGCUGUGGUGCAGCCACCCGGACAACCCCUACUUCUGCAAGACCAAGAAGGGGCCGCCCUUGGAUGGGACCGAGUGCUCUCCUGGGAAGUGGUGCUUCAAGGGCCACUGCAUCUGGAAGACAUCAGAGCAGCCUUACAGCCAGGAUGGCAGCUGGAGCUCCUGGUCCAAGUUUGGCUCGUGCUCCAGGACCUGCGGGGGAGGCGUGCGAUCCCGCAGCCGGAGCUGCGACAACCCGCCCCCGGCGUACGGAGGGCGCCAGUGCCCGGGAGCCACCUACGAGUACCAGGUGUGCAAUGCCGAGGAGUGCCCGGGGCCCUACCAGGAUUUCCGUGCCCAGCAGUGCUCCAAGCGCAAUUCCUACUACACCCACCAGAACAGCAAACAUUCCUGGCUUCCCUACGAGCAUCAUGACGAUGCUCAGAAGUGUGAGUUGAUCUGCCAGUCCGAGGGCACGGGAGACGUGGUGUUCAUGAACCAGGUUGUUCACGACGGGACCCGCUGCAGCUACCGAGACCCCUACAGCGUCUGCGUCCGGGGAGAGUGCGUGCACGUCGGCUGUGACAAGGAGGUUGGCUCCCUGAAGCAGGAUGACAAGUGUGGGGUCUGCGGUGGGGACAAUUCCCACUGCCGGACAGUGAAGGGCACGUUGGCCAAGACCCCCAAGCAGCCAGGUGUUUUGAAGAUGUUCGAGAUCCCAGCUGGAGCAAGGCACCUUCAGAUAGAAGAGAUGGAGCCAGCAUCCCACAGCAUCGUUGUUAAGAAUCAAGCCACGGGGAACUUCAUCCUGAAUGCCAAGGGCAAAGAAGCCAAAAGCCAAGUGUUCAUUGAGAUGGGCUUGGAGUGGGAAUACGCUGUGGAACAAGGCAAGGAGAGCCUGAAAACCAGCGGUCCCCUGCACGAGGCCAUCAGUGUUUUGGUCAUCCCUCAGGAGGAGGAGGCGAGGAGCAGCCUCAUGUACCGGUACAUCAUCCACGAAGACCUGCUGCCCAUGAUUGGAAAUAACAAUGUCCUGCUGGAGGAGAUGGAUUCCUACGAGUGGGCCCUCAAGAGCUGGUCCCAGUGCUCCAAGGCAUGUGGAGGAGGCAUCCAGUACACCAAGUACGGCUGCCGUCGGAAAAGCGACAACCGGAUGGUGCACAGGAACUUCUGUGACAACGGCAAGAAGCCGAAGCCAAUCCGGAGGCGCUGUAACCUCCAGGAGUGCUCCCAGCCCAUGUGGGUGGCGGAGGAGUGGGGCGCCUGCAGCCGCUCCUGCGGGAAGCUGGGGGUGCAGGUGCGGGUGGUGCAGUGCUUGCAGCGCCUGCAGGACGGCACCAACCGCACCCUGCACACCAAAUACUGCCCUGGGCAGCGCCCCGAGACGCGCCGGCCCUGCGGCCGCCUGCCCUGCCCCGCCCAGUGGAGGACGGGAGCCUGGUCCGAGUGCUCGGUGACCUGCGGGGAAGGCGUCCAGCAGCGGCAGGUGGUGUGCAAGGGCAGUGACGGUGGUGCACGCUGCGAGGGUGACAAGCCAGAGGCCAUCCAGGGCUGCCACGUGGCUCUCUGCCCAGGGAAGCUCUCCGGCAGCACCGCCAGCGCCGAUGCCGGUGACCACGGCACGACCAAAGGGCAGCAGCGGGUGCCCCAGGACGGAGCCAAAAACCCCGUGAGCAAGAUCUCCUCCAGGGAGCCUUGCCUCGGGGACAAGUCCAUCUUCUGCCAGAUGGAGGUCCUGGCUCGCUACUGCUCCAUCCCUGGAUACAACAAGCUGUGCUGCGAAUCCUGCGGGAAGAAAGCCUCCCCCACCACUGGCACACCCCCUGUCACCGGCAUUCCCAUGGGAACCACCGCUCCCAGCCCUGCCCCGGCGCUCUUCCCCUACCCCACUACCCCGGCUCGGGGGGAGCCUGGUGGGGACCCCACCUCAGCACCUGGGAUAUCCAGCAGUGGUGCUUCUCCAGGGGAGCUGCCAGCCCCGAGGGAGCCGGGAAGGGGCCAGGGGGCCAGGUAA